AUGCCUGAGAUAAUAACAUCGUCAGACGAAACUCCACAUACAGCACUCAUAUCAGAAGAGUCCUCUGCUCAGAGUUCAGAUGCUGCACAACAACUCGGUAGCUGGCGGUUUACCGUACGAGCAGGGAUUCUCAUCACGAGUCUUGUCGCACUGACAAAUUUGGGUUGUUUGAUAUGGGCAUCGACCCUUGACAUUGAGGAUGGGUCUGCAACUAUCUUCGAAGGCUCUUGUAAGGAGUCGAAGAGGAUAACAUUCUGGGUUGACCUGGCUAUCAACAUCCUCUCUACGCUUUUGCUCGGAGCCAGUAACAACUGUACCCAACUUCUUGUCGCACCUACCAGGAAGGACAUAGAUGAUGCUCACGCUGCUGGAAAGUAUCUUGACGUGGGCGUGUCUUCCAUGCGUAAUGUUCUGGCUGUGAGUCGCUGGCGCCAGUGGCUUUGUGCUUGCCUAUUCCUAAGUUCGAUACCACUGCAUCUUCUCUACAAUUCAGUCAUCUUCUCGACAUUAUCUGCAAGCAGCUAUAUGGCAGCAGUAGUUACCGAUGACUUUCUGGAAGGGGCAGCUUGGAACAAUAGCAGACUCGACCUCUUGCAAGAGAGCGAAACCACAGGGCAAAGACAACUAGCGCGUUUGCAGAACAGCACCGACCAGUUGCGAAGAUUAGAGAACAAAGACUGCAUUAGAGCAUACGGCACAAAUGUUCUUCAAUCCAGCUGGAAGAAUGUGUUGGUUGUAUCGGACGCUAAUGUGACAGGGCCUUUGAUCAGGGCGUACUAUCACCAUGUCGACCUUGCGGCCAAUGACCUGAGCUGGAUUUGUGGCAAGCAGGCAAUAGCAGUGACGAGCGAGUGCGACACUAAGCUCAUGCUCUCCAAUCCCAGAGACUGGACCAUCAGAGAUAUGGAAACCAACCAGGAUAAAGAGCUAGUGGUAGGACUUGGGUCGUCACUCUAUGGUUCCUCAAUGUUUGGAUCAGGUCCCACGGGACCCUGGUUUGAAGCAUCAGUCCAAUAUUGUCUCGCUGAAGAAGCCAAAGAACGAUGUGGCGUCAAGAUAAGUACACCGUUACUUGGCACGGUACUGCUCUGCAAUCUGAUCAAGGUGGCAUGUCUGACAUACGCGCUCCUCGUCCGGGACUUUGACCCUAUGGCUACAGUUGGCGAUCUGAUCAGCUCAUACCUGGACGAUCACGAUCCUUAUACGCAUGGCCGAGGCCCUAUCGCGGACAUAGAUGUACGUUUCAAGCCGAUGCGCAGACUUCUCAAUGACUAUCGAGAACUAUCCAUGGAGACCUACAAGGGCAACAAUUUUAAAAUAUACACGCUCUCGCGCAUGUGGAAAGAUGGUGUCGGUACUGUCUCGGUCAAUUACCUUGUUGGCGCAACUAACGAUAGAUCGCUGAUUGAGAAUGUUCUCCUGGCCAACACACCUCAACUCGCCAUCUCGUUCAUCUACGUCUUCUACAACAACUGCUUGACAAGGAUGAUGUUCGGACAAGAGUACUCAGAUUACGCCAGACACCGGAUCAACGUCUUUGACUACGACGGGAACGCAAUUACCCAGAGGAUCUCUGCUUGUGGCUUCUCGUCCAUGGCUAUCGUGCUGUCGCUCUUCGUCUCUGGGACCAUCAUCCUGACAUUGUUGGCAAAUGGUGCGAGGAAGCUUGAGCCUGGUAUGCCGUUGGCUUCGAGUUGCAGUCUGGCCAUCACUGCCGCCUGCCACACGGUUCCAGGAGAUGAGGACGCCAGGUUGUCGCCGCUGAAGUAUGGAGUUGUGAUUUCUGAGGAGUCCGAUAGCGACAACGAGUACGAGCAUGCAUGUUUCAGUAGCAAGAAGGUCAUGCCAUUGGUUGAUGGGCAUCUGUACAACUAG